AUGGCCACCAGCAGACACGUCCUGGACGCCUUCAUCCCGUUUGGCGAGAUAGUAGAAGUUCAGGUGCCGAAGAACGAUGCGCCAAACUCAACAGAACCACACCGCGGGUUCGCAUACGUCGAGUACGAGGACGUUGCCGAUGCCAAGGAAGCCAUAGACAACAUGGACCAGGCAGAAUUCUUUGGAAAGAUACUGAGAUGUUCACAAGCAAAGGCACCCAAAAGUGCGGACGAAGGUCUUGGGAGCAAAACCGCUGUUUGGGAACAGGAAGGCUGGUUGGCGAAGAAUGCUGCGGAGGACAGCAAUGGCAUUUCCGGCGAAGAGCCACCGCCCGUGGACAUGACUGGCCCGGAUCCGAUGCAAGGCUUAGAAGGCCUAGAUGUGGCAGGGCCGAAACAGGCGUAA